ACCCAGCCGCCGCGGUUGCCAGGUAGCGCGCGGUCCUUGGCUGCUAGCCGCGCGGGUUUCCGCUGGGUGAUGGGGCUGUGGGAUCUCCCGCCGCUCCUGCUCGUGCUCCUGGACUGCUGGGCCUCCGUGAGCGCCCAGGCCGGGGCCACCCCGGUGGUGACGACGGAGGGCCUGUACUCCACGAAGCCAGCCCCGACGACUUUCCGACCUGCUGUAUCUCCUAGGCCCCAUGAAACCCCCAGGGCUCCCAGGCCCUCCUCCGGCCCCAGGCCCACCCCGGUCACGGACGUUGCUGCUCUGUGUGUCUGUGACUUGUCUCCAGCACUGUGUGAUGUCAACUGCUGUUGUGAUCCUGAUUGCAGCUCGGUGGAUUUCAGUGUCUUUUCUGCCUGCUCAAUCCCAGUUGUCAUGGGUGAUAGUCAGUUUUGUAGUCAAAAAGCAGCCAUCUAUUCAUUGAAUUUUACAGCAGACCCACCUCAGAGAGUAUUUAAACUUGUUGACCAAAUCAAUCCAUCUGUUUUCUGCAUUCACAUUACAAACUAUAAACCUGCAUUAUCCUUUAUUAAUCCAGAAGUGCCUGAUGAAAGCAAUUUUGAUAAAUUGAUGAAAACAUCUGAUCGUUUUUCAUCGAAUGCAGAAUCAGAUGUUUCCUUGACAGCCAAACCGGAUGCUCCAAAUACUGCAAAAUAUGAGUAUGGGGUUCAUCUGCAGACUUCACAUUCAUUUCUGAGAUUUCCUUCUCCCCUUACAUCAUCUCUGUGCACCGAUAAUAACCCUGCAGCAUUUCUGGUUAACCAAGCUGUUAAGUGCACCAGAAGGAUAAAUUUGGAACAGUGUAAAGAAAUUGAAACCCUGAGCCUGGCUUAUUACAGCAGCCCUAAAAUUUUGAGGGUGCCUGGUUCAGGAACAAAGGUCCCUAUCACUGUUCAGUCCAUCACCAUUCAGUCUCUAAAUAAAACGCUAACCCUACAGGAAGACACUGAUGUAUUGAGGCCGCUGGUUCUUGUCGAGGCUGGGCAUGAUAAAAUCUGCACUAACGUCAUUCUUGAGGUGAAGUAUAGCCUCAUGUAUACAGAUGCAGGUGAGAUAGUAAAAGCUGAUGUCUUUGUUCUUCUGGGAGCGGUUAGCAGUGCAAUGGUUCCAUUCCAGCAAAAGUUUGAAAUUUAUUUUAUUCAGCAAAAUACAAAGCCAGUUCCUCUCAGUGGAAACCCUGGUUAUGUUGUGGGACUCCCGUUAGCUGCUGGAUUUCAGCCUCAGAAGGGGUCUGGGAUUAUGCAGACCACGAACAGAUACGGACAACUUACUCUUCUUCGUAGCACAGCUGAGCAAGACUGCUUGGCAAUAGCGGGGAUCCGGACCCCAGUGUUAUUUGGUUACAACAUGCAAUCUGGCUGUAAACUCAGAUUGACCAAAGCUAUCACGUGUCGGCUGGUAGCGCAGAAGGUGGAGAGCCUGCUGAAGGGCCAGGGCUUCCCAGAUUAUGUGGCCCCUUUUGGAAAUUCCCAGGCCCAGGAUGUGCUGGACUGGGUACCCGUCCACUUCAUCACCCAGACGUCCCACAUGAAGGAUUCUUGCCAGCUCCCAGUGGCUUUGGCUAUAGAAGUGAAGUGGACUAAAUAUGGAUCCUUACUGAACCCACAGGCUAAAAUCGUCAAUGUAACUGCAAAUCUGAUUUCAUCCUCGUUUCCUGAGACCAACUCAGGAAAUAAAGGGACAAUUCUUAUUUCCACUGCGGUUACUUUUGUGGAUGUGUCUGCACCUGCAGAGGCAGGCUUCAGAGCUCGGCCAACCAUCAAUGCUAGGCUGCCCUUUAACUUCUUCUUCCCAUUUGUUUGACGUAAGUCAUUAAAUAGGGAAACUACACCACACCUGUCUAAUCAAGCGCGUGUGGGGCCCAGGGUCCCUCGGAGACAUCCCACUUUAUUGUACGUAUAACCCUUGAGGUUGCCCCCAAGCCAACACACUUCCCCUCUCCACUCACUUCCCUCCUCUCUUUUCUCCCUUUGGGAAUUUCAUUCUACUUGCUCUGACUUUAGAAGGGGUCUGGCUUGGCCAUUUCCAGUACUCUCAACACAUAGGUCAUAUGCGGAAGCCAAGUUGCACCUUUGGGAAGAACGUAAAGAGAACAGACCUUGAAGUAGUGCAGGCGUUGAGGGUUUAUCCAGUUUAUUCAUCCCCUGCUUUAAUGUGAGUUAUUUUUUAAAAUAUUAUUUUUAGUUCAGGCUUUCUUUUCAGGUCCCGUUAAAAUGAGUACAAAAAUAGCAAGUUGUAUAAAAUCAUGCAAGUAGAGUACAAGGCCUCAGGAGGGGAUCUUCCCCCAA